AUGAUGAGCCGCCGGGCACAGAACUGGCUCGAAUCCCUUCCUGCCGGCUCGAUCAAGCAGGACCUCUGCACCGCCUUCGUCCAAUACUACCAGGCAGCCUGCCCGGGCCCCAAAACAAGAUGGGAUCUGGGCAGUGUCACGCAGCAUCCCUCCGAGUCCUUGCGUGACUAUAUCAAAAGGUACUUUGCUAAUCGUAACACGAUUACGGAAGUUGAUGACAGGGAUAUGAUCUACCACUUCCACCAAGGCCUCCAUUGCAUCGAACUAUGGAGGAAGAUGUUUGAAAGCAAUCCCAAGACCGUCUCCGACAUGAUGGCCGUCGUCAACAAGCACGCUGACAUGGAGGACGCCGAGCGCGCACACCGUCGUCACAAGGGCCGCGGCGCCCCCCUCGAUCGUCCUCGCCAAAGGGACGACGACUCGGCUCGUCCAGGUGGUGAUCGUCCUUCACGACACGGCAAGAACCGCGACCGCGCCCAGUCAUCCAAGGCUCGCGAGCGCAAACGCGGCCCCGACAACACCGUUGCCGUCGCCGAUCGGCCCCAGCAGCGUACUUCCCUCGAACAGGAGGAACUCGACUGGCUCCUCGAAGCCAAGUGCCCCUGGCACAAAGACGCCAACCACACGGUGCGCAAGUGCCACGCCCUUUCCAAUAGUGUCACCCCAGAGGAGCCCAAGCGUCCAAGACUGGAUGACCGCGAUAGGCAGGGUGGCUCCAGAAGCUCCCGUUGCCGCGGCCGUAGAAACCGCUCGCCCAGGCGAGAUGAGGACAUUGAGCAAGGCAACAUAUCACUCGGCACCUUUCAGGAGGAAGAACGGGUGGUCAACAUUAUCUUUGGAGGCUCCAGUGCGCCGCCCUGCCGGCGCAGCAUCAAGCUGCACAACCGCGACAUCUACUCGGUGUUCAGGCACCCGGUCGAGCCCCUUCGUUGGUCGGAGAUUCCGAUCACCUUUGACCGACGCGACCACUGGGUACACCUACCUAGGCCGGGUGCUUACCCCCUUGUGGUGAACCCGGUGAUCCGCCAGACCUGUCUGGCCAUAGUGCUCAUAGAUGGGGGCGGUGCCCUCAACAUCAUCUUCGCCAAGACCAUAGAGGACAUGGGCUUCGACAUUACCAAACUGGUCCCCUCAAACCAGGCCUUCUACGGCAUCAUCCCGGGUGCUGGCUCGACUCCGGUCGGCAAGGUCACCCUCCCGGUCACCUUCGAGGUGGCGCUGUUCGAGACCUCCUACCAAGCCAUACUUGGGAGACCAGAUGCCGGCGUCCUCUCCAUCCGCGGCGACAUCCAGACAUCUCACGCCUGCGAGACGGAGAACAUCAACAAUGCAGAAGCCAUAGAGAGAAGCAACAACCAGGCCUUGGUCGCCCAGGCAGCAAAGGCCCUCACGAUGGAUCAGCUCCAGAAACCCUCCAACGACUCAGGGUCCCAGCUGCACCCUGACAGCCAGACAAAGGCGAUCAUCCUUAGCGACAACCACCCCGACAAGACCGUCUUGAUCAGGGCCGACCUCGACUCCGCAUAG